UCGGCGAGUUGCUCGCUCUCCGAAAGCAUGUCAGCAUUGAUUGGCUCUGAAGCGGUUCCCGUGCAUCCAUCCUCGUCUUGGAUUGGCCGUGAGAUCUCGCGCGACCGGGGGGGGGGGAAGGAGCGGGUCCCGGGCAAGAUGGCGGCCACUGCGGCCGGUGUGGGCCGGCUAGAGGAAGAGGCGCUGCGGAGAAAAGAACGGCUGAAGGCACUACGGGAGAAAACCGGGCGCAAGGACAAGGAAGAUGGGGAGCCGAAGACCAAGCAGCUCCGCGACGAGGAGGAGGAAGGCGAGAAGCACAGGGAGCUCAGGCUGCGAAACUACGUCCCAGAAGAUGAGGACCUAAAGAGGAGGCGGGUUCCCCAGGCCAAACCAGUUGCAGUGGAAGAGAAGGUGAAGGAGCAGCUGGAGGCCGCCAAGCCCGAGCCUGUCAUUGAGGAAGUGGACCUGGCCAACCUGGCACCCCGGAAGCCUGACUGGGACCUCAAAAGAGAUGUGGCCAAGAAGCUGGAGAAGCUGGAGAAGCGGACACAGCGGGCCAUCGCCGAGCUGAUUCGUGAAAGACUGAAAGGCCAGGAGGACAGUCUGGCCUCUGCUGUGGACGCCACCAGCGAGCAGGAAGCCUGUGACUCCGACUGAGGUGGCCGCUGCCCCUCCUCCUAGCUGGGCACCAUGUAGAUGGCCUCAGCAGGUGGGACCUGGUCAGCAUCACCCUGUGUCUUCUUGGACAACUGAAGCAGCCCCACUGGGCUGAGCCCUGUGGAGCAAGAGUGAACUCAUGUCCCGAGGAUCCCUGCCACUAGAGUGAGUGUGUCCACGCCUGUACAUAUGUCUAUGCACUGAACUUCUUCCAGUCUCUGGAGUAGAGACAGGUAAACUCCUGUGUGCAGCAGAAACCUGUCAGAUGUGUCCUGGGUGUGGUGGGGUUGGCUUCAAGACAGGGUAGCCACAGUGGUGGCCUUGGAGGUGAAUUAUUCCCAGCAAGGGCUGGAGUAGGACAAGAGCCUGGAUCCAAAUCGUGGCCCAUCAGUGCCAUCUCAAAGUGCUUGGGCA